GGUACUGUAUCACACAUCUUUUUUUUUUCACUCCCUUCCAAUCAAUCAGAUUCUCAAAACAACAAGUUCAUUGCUAAACCUCACCAUCUUCUCGCCUAUAAAACAAGGCAUCCCCUCCCUCCAGUGAAGCACCCAAACAACCCAUUAAUAUCCCACUUCGAUCACUUUCAGCAAUGGCUUCUUCUACCAAUCUCUCUGCAACCCUUCUCGUCUUCUCAGUCCUUCUCUACCCACCACCAAUACUGGCACAAACACCAUUAACCCCGGUACCAACACCAGCACCAGCUAUGGAAACUUGCCCGAGAGACUCGCUGAAGUUAGGGGUUUGUGCAGGCCUUCUGGGACUCGUGAACGUUAAAAUUGGAUCGUCAGCAACCAGUCCCUGCUGUGCACUGCUUGAAGGCUUGGCUGAUUUGAAGGCUGCUCUUUGUCUUUGCACCGCGCUUAAGGCCAAUGUGCUCGGUAUUAACUUGGACGUGCCAAUUGCUUUGAAUUUGAUUGUUAGUGCUUGCCAGAAAACUGUCCCUCCUGGUUUUAAAUGUGAAUAAGAUGAUUAUAAGAUUAUUCUUGUGCUUGGUUUCAGUGGUCUUAAUGUUGGGGGUUUGUUUGGAGAGUGAUGCCUAAUCUGGUACAUUAACAAGGGAAGCCUGUUUGCCUGAAUAAAUCUUCUGUAACGCUCCUUGUAAUUUUGUAGUAUUUAUUAUGCUUUGUCUACUUAUA